UCCUAUUUAAUGGUGGUGGGGGCGUGAGAGGGUUGGCUUUUUAGUUCACACAUGUACCGGCUGUACCUAGUCACCGCUAGACUGUGAAAAUGGAGGAGAAUGUUGAUUACCGACCUAUGGGUUCCCCUAAUAUGAGUGUGCUGGAAUCUGCAAAGCCGAAUCUCUUUCUCGAAAGGCUCUGGAGGGCGACACGGCAGCUACUGCCAGUUAAUAUGUGGCAAGAAGUGAAGGAUCUUUGUGUAAUCGCUGGGCCCGUGUUUCUUUCUCAGAUAAUGGUAUUCAUGGUAAAUGUUGUAAGCUCCAUAUUUUGUGGACAUUUGGGCAAGAUUGAACUGGACUCAGUGACGCUUGCUGUUGCAGUGAUAAAUGUAACAGGGGUAUCUGUUGGCUCUGGUCUCUCUUCUGCAUGUGAUACACUUAUAUCACAGACUUUUGGUGGCAGAAAUCUGAAGCGUGUUGGGACAAUUCUUCAGCGAGCUAUUUUAAUCGUGCUGCUGUUUUGCUUCCCCUGCUGGGCCAUCUUUAUUAAUACUGAACAGAUUUUGCUGCUAUGCAAACAGAACCCAGAUGUUGCAAGGUUCACACAAAUGUAUGUCACGAUUUUCAUGCCAGCACUACCUGUGGUUUUCCUCUAUCAGCUGCAGACAAGAUAUUUACAAAACCAGGGGAUAAUAUGGCCUCAGGUGAUUACAGGUGUCUCAGUAAACCUCAUUAAUGCAGCAGUCAAUGCAAUCUUCCUCUAUGGCCUAAAUCUGGGAGUAGCAGGUUCAGCUUGGGCAAAUACGCUUUCUCAGUUUGCAAUGUGCUUAUUUCUUUUUCUCUACAUACGUUUCAAAAAGCUGUAUGUAGAAACAUGGUCAGGUUGGUCCUGGGAUUGUCUACAGGAAUGGGGUUCCUAUAUUCGCCUUGCUAUUCCCAGCAUGCUCAUGGUGUGCAUAGAAUGGUGGAGUUUUGAAAUUGGAGGAUUCCUUGCAGGUCUUAUCAGUGUGACAGAGCUUGGUGCUCAGGCCAUCAUGCUGGAAUUGGCAACAAUCGCUUACAUCAUACCUCUUGGUUUUAGUGUGGCUGCCAGUGUCAGAGUAGGAAAUGCUCUUGGGGCUGGAGAUACCGAAAAAGCCAAAGCUUCAUGCAACAUAGCCAUUUUGUGCACGGUUUUUUUUUCGGUGCUGACUAGCUCGCUUCUGGUUGUACUCAAAGAUGUAGUUGCAUAUAUAUUCACACCUGACAGGGAAAUUGUUGCACUGGUUUCACGACUCUUGCUUAUCUUUGGUCCAUUUCAUCUGUGUGAUGCCAUGGCUUGCACUUGUGGUGGAGUACUACGUGGAACAGGAAAGCAAAAGAUUGGAGCAAUUUUGAAUGCGAUCGGGUAUUACCUCUUUGGUUUUCCCAUAGGGAUUUCAUUGAUGUUUGCUGCAAAACUUGGUGUGAUGGGCCUUUGGUCAGGAAUGCUGAUCUGCGUCUUCCUUCAAGCUUCUUUCUUCCUUACUUUUAAUUUGCGGUUAAAUUGGAGCAAGGUUUGUGAAGAGGCUCAAGUUCGAGCAGGAGUGAAACCAAAGAAAGAAGAGGCUGAACCUGAUGUUUCUCAAUUAGAGCACUCCUGUAAUGGUUUUACCAUGGUUCCAGAUGGGUUUGCACAAUCCAGCAGUAAUGAGUAUGCUAUAACAAGUGCAGAGGUUGUUGGUGCAGCUGUCUUGCCAGAUGCAGUUGAGGAUAUUCACACAGAUGAGGUGUUGAUACAAGAAGAUUCACCUAAUGAUGCAGUCACAGUAGUGGGAGAAGUUCUGUCAGUGAAGCAGUUAGCUCUACGGCGUGGGCUUGCCCUGGGUUCUGCUGUUAUUGCUUUGCUUAUUGGUAUAGUGAUAAAACUUCUGACUGGCAAUGGCUAGAUGAGUUAAUGAUGCUAGAUUGGUGCAUACGUAUUCUGCAAAGCAGUUCCUUCAGGAGGAUUGUCUCAAAGUCCCAGCCAGGUCACUGUGAUUGUGGAAACACUGGCUCUGCGCCAGGAAUAAGAACAGAAGGAAAUGGCAGCUACUUGAUACUAUUCAAGAAAACACUACAAAAAAAGCUCUUAAGACAUACAGAGAUUUCAUAAACCACUGUUAUAUUCCAUCAUUUGCAAUAUAUCUGUACUCAGCACCGACUUUAUGUUUCCUACAUUAAGGGCAAUAUAAAGUGUGAAGUGGAUACAGUUAAACUAAUGUGUAAUUAAGUGAAUGCAUCACUUUUUAUUAAUACUUUGCCAGUUAUUUCCUUAGUUAGUAUUAGAAUAUCCAAAUUAAUAAAUGUGACUGAUAAUUACCCAGUUAAUCUGUACUCAGUGGAAAUCAAUACCAUUUAUUUGGGAGCUUCUAGAAUUUGUCACACAUAUGGCUAUGUAUAAUAAAUAACCAAUAGCAGGAAAAAAUUGUUGCCUGUGACUUCAUUUGUGCAAUAAAUAACCCUUCUUGAAAUCUAA